AUGGCUAGUACUAGACAAUUCAGUGGCAAUACACUUUGCAGAGGAUUGACAAGUAGAAGUAGUAGUGAGCAGAGUGGAUUAACAAAAGGAAAGAGGCAAUUUUUUUUGUUGAAUCGAAGUAAAUUAGCUAAAGGAUUAGCGGGUGGAGAUGUUGUGUCGAGAAAGUGUCAUUUGUGUGCUGAGCAGAGGAAUUCUUUGUCGCCACUGGUGAUUAGACGCAGGAAGGCACGGUUUGGGGUGGUUUAUAGUCAGUCAAGCUCUGGUUAUGGUGUGGAAUCCACCAAUAUGCAGGAGAAAGUGGUUUUAGAAGAAGAAGAGCGUGUCAUUGUUAAUGGUUCGAGAGAUAAAGAAAUUGAGUCAACUAGGAUUCUGAUCAAUCAACCACGUCCUUCAGAUGUCAAACAUGAGCUUAUAAGGCUUUCUUUGCCUGCAAUUGCUGGACAGGCUAUUGAUCCAUUUGCCCAGUUGAUGGAGACAGCUUUUAUUGGCAGAUUGGGUUCUGUAGAGUUGGGCUCAGCUGGUGUUUCUAUUAUGAUCUUUAACAAUAUAUCAAAGCUAUUCAACAUUCCUCUUCUAAGUGUGGCAACAUCUUUUGUUGCUGAAGACAUUGCAAAGAAUGCAACCAAAGAUUCUACUUCAGAAAAGGGCAUUCAGGAAGACAGUACUAAUGGUAAACCCAUUGGGGUGGUUGAAAGAAAGCAACUAUCCUCUGUGUCCACUGCUUUACUAUUAGCUAUUGGGAUUGGAAUCUUUGAGGCUGUGGCUUUGUCUCUGGGAUGUGGAUCAUUUCUUAACUUGAUGGGUAUAACAGUGGAUUCACCAAUGCGCAGUCCUGCAGAACGAUUUCUUUCACUAAGAGCCUUCGGUGCCCCUGCUGUUGUAGCAUCCUUGGCUCUCCAAGGCAUUUUUCGUGGCUUCAAGGAUACUAAAACUCCUGUUUUUUGUCUUGGUUUGGGUAAUUUAUCAGCUAUAUUUUUAUUUCCCAUACUCAUGUAUCAUCUUAAGUUGGGUGUGACUGGAGCAGCUAUUUCCACAGUAGUGUCACAAUACCUUGUCACGUUUUUGAUGAUUUGGCAACUAAAUAAGAGGGUUGUAUUAUUACCUCCCAAGAUUGGAGAACUCCAAUUUGGUGUCUACAUGAAAUCUGGUGGCUUUCUUAUUGGAAGAACUCUUGCUGUAUUAACAACCAUGACAUUGGCCACUUCAAUGGCGGCUCGUCAAGGUGCAAUAGCGAUGGCUGCACAUCAGAUAUGCAUGCAAAUAUGGUUGGCUGUAUCUCUUCUCACAGAUUCACUGGCUGCAUCUGGUCAGGCUCUAAUUGCAAGUUACUCAUCGGAAGGUGACCACGUGACCGUGAAAGAAGUUACGAAUUUUGUUUUAAAGAUUGGACUAGUUGUGGGUUUUUUCUUGGCUGCAGUUCUGGGUGUAUCUUUUGGUUCCAUAGCCACCUUGUUUACCAAGGAUGCUGAUGUGUUAGGAAUUGUGAGAACUGGGAGAUUGUUCGUUAGUGCUAGUCAACCUAUCAAUGCCCUAGCUUUUAUUUUUGAUGGUCUCCAUUAUGGUGUUUCUGACUUUCCAUAUGCAGCGAAAUCUAUGAUGUUGGUUGGAUUAAUAUCAUCUGCCUUUCUGCUUUAUGCUCCAUCGAGUAUGGGCCUCCCUGGGGUUUGGUCUGGUCUGGCCCUUUUUAUGGGCUUGCGUACAGCAGCAGGAUUUGUGAGAUUACUAUCAAAAUCUGGUCCAUGGUGGUUCAUGCACAAGGAUUUAGAGGCUGUUCAGGUUGGUUAA